UCCCUGAUGGACGUGCUCGCCGGGCGGAAGACGACGGGCACGAUCGUGGGCGAGGUCCGCUUCAACGGCGCCACGUGCUUGAAGAAGAACAUCAAGCACCUCUGUGGCUAUGUCGAACAGUUUGACAAUCUCGUGCUCAGCGUCGAGCAGAUGCUCAUGUACACCGCCGAGCUCAAGCUGCCCGCGCUGACGCGGGCGCAGAAGCGCGAGCGGGUGGAGGAGGUAAUCGCGCAGCUGCGUCUCGAGGGCUGCCGCAAGACGGUCAUUGGCGGCGAGCUCGUCAAGGGCAUCUCGGGCGGGCAGAAGAAGCGUGUCAACAUCGGCCUCUCGCUCAUCACGCGGCCGCCCGUGCUCUUCCUCGAUGAGCCAACGACCGGCCUCGACUCGGCGAUGGCGGACGAGGUGUGCGCAGUCAUGUCCCUCCUCGCCGCGCAGGGCCGUACCGUCGUCGCGACCAUCCACUCGCCGACUGCGAGCGCCUUCUCGCUCUUCGACGACCUUCUCAUGCUGCGCGACGGGCAGCUCGUCUACGCCGGAGAGUGCGGCGACGCCGCCGCCGACUACUUUUCGAAGCGGGUCGGGCUGCGGCCGCUCGAGAUGGGCGAGUCGAUGCCGGAGUGA